AUGAGGGGCCCUCAGGGGGCCUCUACUUUGGGGACAAACACUGCGUAUCACGGAGUGCCUGCUAGAGCUCCCAAUGAGUAUUACACAGCGAGCAAGGGUGCACCCCCGAUCACGGGUCUGCGGUGGAUGCCUGACCCCCGUGUGCUUCGUCCAGAGCUUUUGAGGGACCUCGUCCAGGAGACAAGCUCUAACGACCUCGUGAAAGAACGAGCCUUGUGGGAGAAGAGCUACGGAUUUAACAGGGAGAUUAUCGUCUCCAGCAGUGCGCGCCGCGGCGUAACUUACAGGCUUAUCUUCACAGACGUCUUGGGUGUUGGCGGCAUCGGCAUCGUGCUAGCCGCUGUCGACGUGACGAACGGCAGACGGCUGGCCGUGAAGGUCUGCCGCCUUAAAGGCCGCAGCAGAAGAGGCCUCCACUACGAUAUGGACCUUCUGAGACGCAGAGUUCAACAGGAAGUGUCUCUCUGGAAAUAUGUGCCUCCUGAGUUUGAGGUCCAACAGUGGUCCCGUAUAUCACAGGUAGUGAUUCCAGUGGACAUGGUAGGGCCAGCAGAGACGGUGCAUUCUGAAGGAGACAAUAUGCUAUACUCCGAACAGUGGGCCAUUUUUGAAGUCUUCGCUGGCGAUUUGCUAAGCAUCAAACAGAUCUGGAAGGGCAGCAUGAUAAUCAAAAUUGAAACAACCAAGCAAUUAAUGUAG